AUCUCACAUUCACAUUGUCGACACAUAAAAUGUCAUUUGAUCAAUAUCAAACAUUCUAUAUUAUACGUUAUGUAAAUAUAUAUAUUUUAUUAUACAGAACACCUGAUUGAGAUCAGCGAUCGAGAUUAUCAUAUGAAUAAAUGUGUUAACAUCUAAAAUCAAGUUUCCACUAUAUAAUUGACACAUGAAGGUUAUUUAGUAUCAACCUUAGAAAGCAAAUCCAACAAAACAACAAGUGGUAACACUAGCAAAACUAGCUCUUAACAAUGUUGAAAAGCCAAAAAGAUUGGCCUGAACCAAUCAUUAGAGUUCAAUCCUUGUCUGAAGGAUGCAUAGAUUCAAUCCCAGAUAGGUAUAUCAAGCCUCCAACUGAUAGGCCUAUUGUAAACUCUUCUUCUAAUGAUGAUACUAAUAUUCCAAUCAUAGACCUUGGAGGCUUAAAUAGUGAUGACCUUGAUGUUCAAGAUUCAAUCCUUAAGCAAAUUUCUGAUGCUUGUCAUAAUUGGGGAUUUUUUCAAAUUGUAAACCAUGGAGUGAGUCAUGAUUUGAUGGACAAAGCUAGAGAAACUUGGCGUGAAUUCUUUCACAUGCCUAUGGAAAUGAAGCAACAAUAUGCAAAUUCUCCAACAACUUAUGAAGGGUAUGGUAGUAGACUUGGAGUUGAGAAAGGUGCUAUUCUUGAUUGGAGUGAUUACUACUUUAUGCACUAUCUUCCUUCUUCACUCAAGGAUUAUAACAAAUGGCCUGAUUCUCCUUCAUCUUGCAGGGAAGUGUUUGAUGAGUAUGGUAAAGAAUUAGUGAAGCUAAGUGGGAGAUUAAUGAAAAUUUUGUCCUUAAACCUUGGAUUAGAAGAAAAAAUUCUUGAAAAUGCAUUUGGAGGUGAAGAAAUAGGGGCAUGCAUGAGAGUUAAUUUUUAUCCAAAGUGUCCAAGGCCAGAAUUAACAUUAGGAUUAUCAUCACACUCAGACCCAGGAGGUAUGACUAUGUUGCUUCCAGAUGAUCAAGUUGCUGGUCUUCAAGUUCGAAAAUUUGAUAAUUGGAUUACGGUCAACCCUGUUCGACAUGGUUUCAUAGUCAACAUAGGUGACCAAAUACAGGUUCUAAGCAAUGCAAAGUACAAGAGUGUGGAGCACAGAGUGAUUGUGAAUUCAGAUCAAGAAAGACUUUCUCUUGCAUUUUUCUAUAACCCCAAAAGUGAUAUACCAAUUGAGCCAUUAAAACAGCUUGUAACACCAGAAAAGCCUGCACUCUACCCAGCAAUGACUUUUGAUGAAUACAGACUCUUCAUUAGAAUGAGAGGACCUUGUGGCAAAUCUCAAGUUGAAUCUAUGAAGUCUCUAUGAUAACAUAAUAAUCAUCAUGCUUAAGACCAUUGGAUUAUAUAUUAAUAUUCUAUAUAUCUAUUUUCUGCACAUUAAUGAGCCAUAGAGUAAAGAUAUAUCUGUCCCGUGAGCUUAGCUCAGUUGGUAGGACAUUGCAUUAUAUCAUCACAUUUAUCCACCUUUGGGUGAAAUUUCUAGCCACUAGGUUACUUGACCAAAAAAAAAAAACAGUAAAGAUAUAUCUAUUUUAUUUGAUAUAUAGGAAAAUACAUAUAUUUUCUUCUUAGGCUUGAAAUAAUAAUGGCUACCAAUGCUUUGAAUGGAUACCACAAAGAUUGAUUGUUCAUUUUCCUAGCUAGGUGAGUAUUAUAAUUUGUCUUUGUCUCCCACUUCCCAACAGAAUAUUGUGGUGAUGAUGAAAUACACCAUAGUUUUCAUUAUGUUUGUACUACAAAACUAAUUAUUGAAUUCCAUUAUUUUCCUUUCCCA